CAGUCGAGCAGAGCUGAGCAGGGCUCCGGUGGACAACCAGAGGCAGAAAAGAGACCGAGAGAUAGAUCCCUCCAUCGCCACCAUGAGCUACGACCCGUACUACCCCUCCUCCUACAAGCGAUGGUACGGGGACAGCGCCCCGCGGCAGGCCCCGAGGACGCGCUCCUCCACCCGGGUCAUGUACUCCACCCACGGGGCAGCCCCCCUCUCCUCCAGCGCCUCCUCGCGCCUCCACCACUACCUGUCCCCGAGCCGUGCGUCCAGCACGGCCGCCAUGGAGCUGGACCUGAGCCAGGCGGCCCACAUCAGCUCCGAGUUCCGGGUGGUGCGCACGCAGGAGAAGGCCCAGCUGCAGGAGCUGAACGACCGCUUUGCCGGCUUCAUUGAGCGCGUGCACGAGCUGGAGCAGCAGAACCGGGCGCUGGAGGCCGAGCUGGGGCUCCUCCGCCAGCGGCACGCCGAGCCGUCCCGCCUGCGCGCCCUCUACGAGCAGGAGGCGCGGCGCCUGCGCGACGCCACCGAGGAGGCGCGCCUGGAGCGCCAGGCGGCCCUGGAGGCCCGCGAGCGCGCCGAGGAGGCGCUCCACGGCCUGCAGGCCCACUACGAGCAGGAGGCGCUGGGCCGCGAGGAGGCCGAGGGCAAGCUGCUGGAGGCGCGCAAGGCGGCCGACGAGGUGGCGCUGCAGCGCGCCGAGCUGGAGAAGCAGGUGGAGACGCUGGCCGACGAGCUGGCCUUCCUCAAGCGGCUGCACGAGGGCGAGGUGAGCGAGCUGCAGGCGCAGGUGCAUACGGGCUUCACGCUGUCGCGGGAGACCGAGGCGGCCGACCUGUCCAGCGCUGCGCGACAUCCGCUAGUAAUGAGCGCUGGCGGCGCCGCUAACAUGCAGUCGGCCGAGGAGUGGUUCCGCGGCAAGGUGGGCUCGCUGACCGAGACGGUGGCGCAGCACAGCGACGCCGUGCGCAGCUCCAAGGACGAGGCCGGCGAGUACCGCCGGCAGCUGCAGUCGCGCAUCCUGGAGAUUGACGCCUGCCGCGGCCUCAACGACUCGCUGGAGAAGCAGCUGCAUGAGAUGGAGGAUAAGCAGAGUGGUGAGAUCGCCGCCAUGCAGGACACAAUCGGCCAAUUGGAAGAUGAGCUGAGGGCCACUAAGGGGGAGAUGGCUCACUACCUGAAAGAGUACCAGGACCUCCUCAAUGUUAAAAUGGCCCUUGACAUUGAGAUUGCUGCAUACAGAAAAUUGCUGGAAGGGGAGGAGUCUCGCUUCAAUGUGGGCAUGGGCGGUGGCGUGUCCAGCCUGUACUCCCACAGCCUGUCCGCUGGGCCUGUCUUCUCACGGCCUCUCUUCUCCAGCAUGAGCUCCAGUGUCCCCUACCUGCUCAGCUCUCGCCUCCUCAGCUCGUCCUACUCCUCCGCUGACGAGGUCAUCACCUCCGCCCAGGCCCCCAAGGCCGAGGCCACCCCCACCAAGGAAGAGGAGGAGGAGGAGGAAGAGGAAAAGGGAAAGGAGGAAGAGGAAGAAGUGAAGGAGGAAGAAGAGAAAGAGGAGGAAGCAGAGGAAGAGGAGAAGGGAGAGGAGGAAGAGGAGAAGGAGGAAGAAAAGGAAGAAGGAGAAGAAGCCGAGGCGGAGGCUGAGGCUGAGGCUGAAGGUCAGUCUGAUCUGCUUCCUGUAUAUUUGUUUAUUAUUGUGUGUAAAAAUACAUAUUAGGAUUGUUUAUC